CCAUCAUGUCGCUCCCCAGUUCUAUGAUCGCUUCCUUUGCGCUUUCAUCUAUAGAUCCCCCAGGCGAACGGCGACGACUCAUGAAACCCUAUAACCAGCCUCCUUUGAAACGCAGCCCGUUAACCGAAGAAGUAGGCUGUCGAGCGCGUAUGCAGCAUGGCCCCGCUACCAAGGCUCCAUCGCAGUUUCAUACCUGACAUGAACGUGACGUGGAAGCCACCCGUCAUGUACUACGGCUGGUCAAUCGGUGAUCUCCAGCCUAAACUCUUGCAGUAUGCCGAGGAGCACGAUCUUCUGAGCCACACUGUCAUGGAGGGAAUCUCGAAGGCGGUGACUCCGUCCGGCGCGAACACAUCUGAUUCUGAUGAUUCCGACGAUGAAGGGGAGUUGGGCAGUGUGCAUCCGACGAAUGAGGAGGAAGAAAUGGAGGGAGAAGUAUGCGUGGACGUGGCCAAUUCCGCACAGAAUGCCCUGUGGGCGAUCGUCGAAGAGGCUGGUGUCCGUGUGCGCCACUUUCAACCCUACACCCGGCCGUUCCGUCUCCGUGGUGUGCUACAUGAGCCUCAUCACGUCGCAAUCUCCAUCUACUCGAACUACGAGCUCGAUCAAGCCGUGCCAGACGACGAUAUUGCGAAGGUGCAGAAGGUACUCGAUAUCAAGGAGGUGCCUGCCUGGUACGUGAGCAAUAUGGCGUCCGAAUGGAGUCCGUUUCCUCCCCGGCUGUGACGUCCUCAUCUAUAUCAUUCUCUUGUUACAAUCUGCUACUAGAGUAUUCAAGCGCACUCAUUGGGGCAAGCAGUCGAAAUCCAGAUGCAUACUACACGGGUGUAAAUAUCAGCUCACGAGCGCAUGAGCCGUAAAUCAGGUAGGGUCUGUGGCGACUGCCAGCCAUCGUUCAGCAUAAAUACGCACCAGACCUACAUACAUACAGGACGAUCUGGACGAGCCGCAUCUUGGUAGCCUAGAUCCGGUGUGCUUAUCGCACACGCGCAUCAGACCACAUGCAUAGAGGGCUGAGGUUUCGAAGAAGGCGUGGCUGUGAUGCCCG